ACGUAGCGUUGCUCCCGAAGAAGGAUUAUUAUCAGGGGAAGAUAGAAUGUUAUACGGGCAAGAUAUAGAAGGGUUAACAGAGCUAUAUGAAGGUGAAGAAACUUUCGCAAGAUAUGUAGAUGAUAGUUUUUCUGAAACGAACAGUACUAAUGUAUGUCAGAAUAUUGGUGAUUCUUCUCGAGAAAUUAUGAAGUUCCAAGAGAUGAUACAGGAAGAAGACAAUAAUAAUGCUGAUGAAAAGACUUCUCUUUUAGGAAAAAAACAUAAAUCUAGACGAAACCAUAGAUCGGUUUCAGUUGGUACAUUGCAAGAGGACAAUUAUGGCAUAAUAUAG